ACAUCUAAUGUGUUAAUCACAAGUCUUUGUCUCGGCUUAAGAGUCAUUCUUACUCUAAGACAAAAUUAAAUAGUUACCACGACCGAUGUGAGUUUUAAACAUCCCUCUAGAUAGUUCUACAUGCGAGGUCCAUACAUGCCAACUCAAACUUUUUUGUGUUAGAAUUCAUGUACAUAUUUCGUUCUUUUUUAGAGUCCUCUCUACUGAGAGAAAAGGUUCAUGCGAUUCGAAUAAGAACUGUUCAUCAUCAGCGGCUCCUUCUUUUUCCAAAUGAGUCUAUGACCAGGUACAUAAGCAGUUGUCUCAAAUCCUUAGCUGCCUGAAUUCGGAGAAAGGACCUCCUCUUGUUCGCGGCAAAAUCAGUUGCAGUUCGAUUGCUGCAGUGAAAAGUACACCAUAAUCUCAUCCGACAAAAUGCCUCCAAUGCUGUACCGCAAAAUGUGGGAUGACGCCCCGAACAAAUCCCAUCUUCCGGAUCAGCACUUCGGUCAGGUCGUAAGCACCGACGAUCUGGUGGAUGCCCUGGCAGCGCACCAACUUCGCAGAAGACAACAUGGCGUCUAUAAUCGGCCAUGGCAUCACAGUGGCGCCAUCCGAGACACAGGAUCCAACGUGCACGCAGCGGAUGACAAAUUCGAAAUUAACCUGGAUGUGGCCCAAUUCAAACCAGAAGAAGUUUCGGUGAAGCUCUCCGGCCAUUGUAUCACCGUCGAGGGCAAACACGAAGAGAAGGAAGACGAUCACGGAGUGGUGAUGAGACAGUUCGUUCGACGGUACACGGUUCCAGAGGGACACGAUCUGGAUCGGAUCGGAUCGUCCCUGUCAUCGGAUGGUGUGCUUACUGUUACAGUUCAAAAGACGACAGCUGCCGAGCCUCAGGCCCUGCGCGAUAUUCCAGUUGUGCAGACGGGAGAGCCUGCGCAUCUGACGAGCGAUAGGCACAUGAUUCGUAACGGAAAUGGCGUCUCAUAGAAAGGUUUUCAACUAAUUUUGAAGAUUUAAAAAUUGUCAAUACAAAAUGUUGCAAGCUUGAAAA